AUGGCUUCAAAUGUUCCUAGUGAAGAUUUAAAAUUUAGCUCGUAUGACCAUGUCAGCGAUGAUGUAGAAUACAAAUCCCAAGAUGAUGUGGAAGAAGUAGUCCAAGAUGAUGCAGAAUACCAAUCCCAAGAUGAUAUAGAAGACCAAUUAAAAGAUUUAGAAUACAAAUCCCAAGAUGAUGUGGAAGAACUAGUCCAAGAUGAUGCAGAAUACAAGUCCCAAGAUGAGUUCGUAAAUGAGGUACCAAAUGCCCCUGAAAUAGUUGAUAUUGACAAUAUUCCAACGUCAGACAAUGACGUGGAAAGUGGUUUGCCAAAUAUCGUCUACUCAAGAUCAUCAAGCGAUUUUACGGAGCUUGAAGAUAAGGUAGUUAUUGAGGAGGGUGAAGAAUUGUUAAAAGAGUGUCCAGCCUGUUACAAACCCUAUGGAAAAUUUAUUGCAAAUUUAAGUGGAUCAAACUGUUUAUUAUACCUAUUUGCCAUUUCUUGGAUGCCUUUUGUUGCGCGUUUCUCAUUUAAAACCAGUUACGUUAACUUUAUUGAGAGUACUCCAACACUAAGAUCAACAGUAGCCAACAAGCUUUUAUACUUCGCAGUCUUCUUUUCAGGGCUUAUGCUAAUCAUUUCUGACUUAAUAGACAUCGUGUUUUCAUAUGUUGAGCACAAUAGAAGGGUAAUAACCGAGAAGUUAAAGCAGACUUUGAAUAAUUCUCAAUUAGAAUUAGCUGAAAAGUCUGAUUUAUUAGGUCUGGAAUUAUCGGUUUGGAAGACCAAAAAUCAUAUUAUAGCACAAAAUAGACCCAGUUCGCUUCGUAAAUGGUUAUUUUGUACCACGUUUUUGGAGAAGUUUCUUCACGUUAUUUACAACUUCAGAUGGGUUUUAAGUGGAUACAUCUUUGUGAUAAUAUUCUUUAUCACAUCUUUCUUAUCCAUGAUUGUUUCAAAAUCGGUCAAUGAUAGUAAUUUCUAUCUAUACUUAAUGCAUAUGAUAAAUGGAAUUUCAAUUCCAUUUUUCUUAAUUUUCGGAAUCAAGGUUUUAAGGACAUUCUUGUCAGUAGAAGCUAAACGCAUAUCACACAAUAAUAACAAGAAGUUUAACGACCCUCUUGUAAUGACUAGGAAGGGAAAGACCUUGAUUUCUCAUCCAAUUUUCGUGUUCUUAACUGACAAAUGUCCCUGCAACUAUGCAGUUAAAAAGGGCUCAACUUUCCCUAAGGACUAUAGGUACUCACUCAGGUACCACGCAAUUAUUUCAUGCUCAUAUAAACUGGCAUUUUUUUCUGUUGCCACUGCAUAUUUUGUGUACAUUGCUUUUGUUACUGUUUACUCACUCUCCACCAAGAUCAACCUUAGAACUUCAUAUCUUUAA